AUGGGAAACAGUUCUGGAAAGCCGGUGAACUUCGAAGAUGAAGUGAGCCUCAAUCAUUUUCGACUUCUGCGAGUGGUUGGAAAGGGUGCUUUUGGAAAAGUAAGGAUAGUAGAGAGGAAGGAUACCGGAUUGACGUUUGCGCUCAAGUACAUUCGCAAGGAUGAGGUCGUUCGACAAGAAAGCGUCCGGAAUAUAAUUCGAGAACGACGAAUGUUGGAGCAUCUAAAUCACCCAUUUAUUUGUAACUUGCGAUAUAGUUUUCAAGAUAUUGAGUACAUGUAUCUAGUCGUCGAUUUAAUGAACGGAGGAGAUUUACGCUUCCAUAUUUCGAGAAAGACCUUCACCGAGGAAGCUGUUCAAUUUUGGAUUGCCGAACUUGGGAUUGCAUUAAAGUACAUACACAAGCAGGGUAUCAUACAUCGGGAUGUCAAACCUGACAAUGUUUUAUUGGAUUCCGAGGGGCAUAUUCAUUUAGCAGAUUUUAAUGUUGCAUCGGAUUACACUUCACACAGACUAUUAACGAGCAAAUCUGGCACUCUAGCGUAUCUCGCACCAGAAGUUUACAAAGGAUGUGGAUAUGGCCCUGGCGCAGAUUGGUGGUCAUUGGGAGUACUGUUCUACGAAUGUAUCUACAAUAAGAGGCCAUUCGAAGGUAGCACACAGACAACUCUCGCAGCACAGAUAACCAAAGCUUCACCGAAUUUCCCCAUCACUGCACCAGCCGUUUCUAUGCCAUGUUUACAUGCCAUUAGCUCAGCUCUCGAGGAGGAUCCAGCGAAGCGAAUGGGUUCAGCCGGAUUCGAAACUUUUACCGAUAACCCUUUCUUCAGACCCAUAGAUUUCGAGGCACUCGAGAGAAAGGAAAUCGAGCCAGUCUUCGUUCCAUCCAGUGAAAAGACAAAUUUCGACGCCACUUAUGAUCUCGAGGAAUUACUAUUGGAGGAAGCACCUCUAGAAGCUCGGGCACGUCGACAAAAGCCAAGAGAGGCUCUCAAGGAGGAUGCGACAGAGAAGGAAAUCAAGGAAGAAGAACUCCACAAGAUGAUUGAAGCUCAAUAUACGACAUUUGAUUACACCAAGGCAGCGUAUGACAGAUACAAUGAAGGUGGUGAUCCAAAUUCUCCGCCUCCGGUUACACAAAAUGUUAGCCCGUCGACUCCAGCAUCACAAACUUCUGAUGAAUUUCCAAAGGCCACUCUCACGCGCACUUUAUCUAAGAAUCGCAAGAGAGCAGCUUCGCGGUCUCAACCAUCUUCACGUUCUGAAUCACCAUCGAAUAGUGCAAAUAUUCCACCAGUUCCCAACUCGCAAAUUCCUGGCUCUCAACAACCUUCCCAAAAUACUAGCCCUGUCUUAGGACCUCCUCGUUCCGUACCUCAUUCACAUUCACCAAGUACCACCAAAACACCCUUAUCACCGUAUCAACAAUCAUAUAACCGCCCUCAUCGUCCUGGUGGAAUACGCAAGGAAUCACAAGGUGGUGGUAUGCAAGUGGUUUUAGGCGAAACUGGAAGUUGGUCAGAAUUGGCCAAGCAAGAUGCAACCCUACCCGCAGAUGCUAAAUUAGUAGAAGCGCAUGCCAAGCCAACUGGUAUGUUAGGAUUCUUAUCUAGAAAGAAGGGUAGAGGACACAGUCCCAAGCCACAGGAGAGGGGUAUCUUAGGAAAGGAAGGUGCAAGAGUUAUUAUAAGCCAAGGUUGA